GGACCCACCUGCGCGUAUGCGCCCAAGGCAUGACGUGCUGCACGGAGCAGAUGGAGGUGCAGUUGAAGGAGCAGAGCAAGGUGGAGUACGACAAGGCUGUCAAGGACGCCCUCGCGAAGAUGGCGACCCUCUUCAAAACUAGAGCCAACAAGUUUGAUGAUUACUUCAAUGAAAUGCUUGCAAAUUCAAAGCGAGAGUUCCAUGACAUGUUCAAGAGGACAUAUGGCAUGAUCUAUGAACAGCACUCGUAUGUCUUCACGGAUUUGUUUGAUCAGCUGGAACGCUACUAUGCAAAAGGAGGUGUUGAUUUAGAGGAUGCUCUAGACACAUUUUUCAACACUCUUUAUCAGAAGAUGUUUACUGUUUUAAACCAGCAGUAUCAUUUUGAUGACAAAUAUUUGGCUUGUGUUGGUGAUCACAUGAAAGAUCUCAAACCAUUUGGAGAAGUACCCAACAAGCUCACUAAUCAAUUGAAGCGGUCUUUUGUUGCCACUCGGACCUUCUCCCAAAGUCUUAGUCGUGCUUCAGAAAUUAUCACUAAAAUGGCUAACAUUGACACCAGCCCAGACUGUGCACGAGCUGUAAUGAAAAUGACAUACUGCCCUGCUUGUCAGGGGCUCCCUGAGCUCAAGGCCUGCUCCAACUAUUGUAUCAAUGUAAUGAAGGGAUGCCUUGCCUACCAGGCAGAAUUAGAUGUAGAGUGGAACAAAUUCAUCAAGGAAAUUGGCCGUGUGAUUGACCGACUGCUGAACCCAUUCAACAUUCAGAAGGUGGUUGAACCUAUUGACAUAAAAAUUUCUGAAGCCAUCAUGAAUUUCCAGGAAGAUGGACCUCAAGUGUCAGAAAAGGUGUUUAGUGGCUGUGGAAGACCUACUUUGCAAGGUAGUCGCAAACGAAGGGACACCCGUUCUAAGCGUGACAACCACAGGGAACUUAAUUUUGAAAGCCUGAAGUUUGGGCCUCACAGAGACAACUAUCGAGGAUCCACGGCUAAUGCUGAUCCUGGUCAAACUCAAGGUCCUACUCUGGAAAAGAUCAUUAAGGACAUUCGCCAAAAGAUCAUGGAUACACAAAAUUUCUGGUCUAAUUUACCAUACCAAAUCUGCAACGACAAGGCAUCAUCCAAACCUGACUCAGAUGACAAUUGUUGGAAUGGAGCUAUGAAAGCCAGAUAUGAGCUCCAGAUCACAGGCAAUGGCAUGAAUAACCAACGCUCUAAUCCUGAGGUGGCCGUUGAUCAAAAGCCUUCUUCAUUGUUAAAUGAACAACUGUUUCAUCUCCGUACCCUUACCAGUAAUUUGAAUGCUGCUUAUAAUGGAAGGGAUGUGCAGUGGCUAGACAAUGAAAACGAUGAAAGCUUAAAUGGAUCUGGCAGUGGGUCUGGUGAUGGCAUAGGGAGCGAGGAUGAUGACGUGAGACACGAAGGAUCUGGUUCUGCACCCCCUCAUAAUCAUGAUGACUUGAACUUUGGCUCAGUUCCUGAAUUAAAUGGAAAUGUUUCACCUGCUGAGAAGGGAACUGUAGUGGAAGAUGUUCACCAGCCGUCAUAUCCCACACACAACACUGAAGAUAACAACUUGCAUCCUUCAAGUGGUUUAGAAACAAAUGCUCUCGAUGAUGGAGUUGUAGCUACAAGAUCUAACACCACUGCUGGUGGGAGUGGCCAUCAAGAAAUGUCCAUCACUAGAGCAGUUAUUUCAUAUUUAUUCCCUAUCUUUGUUUGUUGGGUUGGAAGCAAUUUCUCUGACUUAUUGUAAAAAUAGCAGAGAUGUGUGUUCUACAAUCUACAUAUGAUUUCUCUCAAAAGCUGUGAUUCAUUCUUCAUUUUUAAUUGUAUAUUUUUGGUAGAUAGAUGUAAUUAUUU